AUGGCGUACAAUCCGCGAAUGAGUAUUAUUCCAACCUCGCAGCAGCAAUCGCGGACACGAAAAAAGGAGGAAGAGGCAGAUGCUUUUAUGCGUCUCCCUGACCGCGAAAUCGUUGGCUGCAUCACCGACAUCGGCAUCAACUUCACCGUCGCAGAUCUUCAAAAGCCAAAUGCAGCACAUGUUCAGCAAAUCUUUGAGUGGUUCGCCGAACUCCUCCUCAAUGCGACACGUGAGACUGUUGAGCCGGCCAUGCGAGCUGCCGCCGAGGAUAUUGUUGGAGAAUACUCGGAUGUCAUCCCUCCGGACACUCGCAACCUGAUGGGCUUUUAUGUGUCGCUGCGCAGGCUGUUGUUUGAGUGCGGCAUCACCGACUUCAGCUUCAACGACCUGUAUAAGCCGACAUAUGAUCGCCUCGUCAAGAUCUUCAGUUACCUAAUCAAUUUUGUUCGAUUCCGCGAGUCACAAACGGCUGUUAUCGACCAGUACUAUAACAAGGCAGAGUCGACAAAGACACGCAUUGAGACGCUCUAUGCCGAGAACCAGGAGAACGAGGGUCGUCUGGAAGACAUGAAACACAACCGCAAGGCCAUGGAGGCGCAAGUCCGAGAAAAGACGAUGAGGAACGAGGAGCUCAAGAAGAGACUGCUAGAGCUUCGACGGAACCAGGAAAGGGUGGCUGCACGUCUAGAAGAGGCCAAACAAAAGAAGGGCGAGCUCACUGCAGUGUUGGAACAAAAGACCCACGAAAAGGUUACCUUGAAACAGGAAAGCACAAAGCUGCGACCUUAUGUGCUCCAGAGCGCCUCAGAUCUUCAGGAGAACUUGGCCGAGCUGCGUGAAAUUCUGAACAACGAUAAAUCACACAUCGACGCAUUGGACCGGAGAGCACGAGCCCUGCAGACCUCGACAGAUUCAUUCUCAGUCGUCUCAACAGAUGUUGCAUCAUGCAUCAAGAUCCUCGAUGAGAUCGCUGCAGAGCUGGCCAAGGAAGAGGAAGAACUAGCACGUAAUGCAAAGCAGCGUGAUGCCCUCUCAGAGCGCGGUAACAACGCGCGUGAAGUCGAGCGCACCGAGACUAUGCUGAAACGUCAGUUGAGCAAGUGGACAGAGAGGACAGAGAAACUCCGCGAGCAGAGCAACCAGAAGGCGAGGGAGGCGAAGGAGAAGAUGCACGAGCUGCGGGCAGUGCACAAGCAGCUCACUGAGGAGCAGACUGAGAAGGGCAAGGAGAUGGAGGUUCGACGUGUUAGAAUCGAGCAGACUGAGAAAAAGAUGCUUGACUUGAAGGAGAACAUUGAGAAUGAGGUUCAUAGUGCGCAUGAAGAGUACCGCAAGAUGGAGGCACAUAUCAAGUUGUACAUUGCUGAGAUGGAGCAGGCCAUUGCUUAG